AUGGCUGUGAUCGAGGGAGCAGGGGUCCCUAAGAGGACGCCCGUCUGCGAGGCCACUCGAGAAAGGGAGACGUUUAGAUACGACGACACCCUAUUCUCCAACGUCAAAUUCAACGACUCUGGAGCUCCCAUCCCGAACUCUGAGCUCGUUACCUGCGCUGAUGCUAUCUUGACUGCUCUGGCUCGACUCGCCGCCAGCCAGACUGGCACGGCGCGGUCGCUUAUCUCCCUGUUUGACCAAUCCUACCAGUAUAUCGUUGCAGAAGCCACUCCAACCAUCUCUCUAAUCCCCAGCUUAUCCGAGAGUGCCCGCAAUUAUGAAUCUCUCUGGUUAUGCGGCACUGCAAUCCCCCGUGUCCAUGGUGUCUGCGAGCAUACCCUCUGUGGCGACGAGUUCGGCUACUUUGUCGAGGGCAACACUGACGAUGAGUUGCCCGUCCUCGUCGUAGAGGACCUCGUCUCCGAUCCACGCUUCGCCUCCAAGCCCUACUGUCAACCUGGCAGCCAAGCUAGGUUCUACGCCGCCGUACCUAUCCGCACAGAUAGGGGUGUCAACAUCGGUGUCCUCUGUGUCAUCGACACGAGCCCUGGAGCUGCAUGGAACGACCAACACUCACGGCUUCUUCAAGAGCUGUCCAGGGCAGUCAUGGGACACCUUGAGGCUACGAGUCUACGAAAGCCCCAGAGGCGUACGGAACGUAUGAGCAGGGGCUUGCGAGAUUUUGUUGAGAACAAUUCGGCCUUUUCCGGGGAGCAGCCUGCAAGUACUCCGGAUACGAUCAAGUCCCCUGGUCCCUUGGAGGAGCAACGGCCUAUGGACCUAGGAGGCGCCGUAGAGGCGAUAACUCUGCAGGAUGCGGCUUCAUCGAGUACUGAAUUGUCCACAACUGUGACGAGUUCACAACAAACCACUAACCAGGCCGGUUCGGGGACAUCGCCAGUGAAGCAAGAGACAGCACAGGACUCGAAACGUCAUCUAAACACCACAAAUGAUGUCUUUUCCAAGGCUGCAGACAUUGUUCAGAAUGCCCUUGAAGCCGACGGAUGCCUCUUCUUGAACGCCGAUAUACUCGAGUUUUCGACCUCUCCUUCAGACCUAGCAGACGAGGAUCUAGCAACUCGUCGGCCUUCAGCCUUUAGCUACAGUGGAAGCGAGAGCGCCCACACUGUCGUAUCUUCCGAAGAACGCCCAAUGUCGCCAUGUCAAAUCCUCGGCACGUCGGACGUCAACACUCCAACCCCAGACGACGCUGUUGAGGUCACACAUGCACCGCUCCCCCAAACCCUUCUCGCGCGCAUGAUUCGACGAUACCCAAAGGGCCAGGUCUUCAACUUUGGGGCCAGUGGAGAGCUCCAGCCGGAUGACCUACCCGAAGACCCCAAAGCGGACUCUCCCCUUUCUCCCUACAUCGGCCACGAGUCCGAGGCACCCGGGAUGCCCAAGUGGCAGCCUUUUGCAGCAAGACAAGGCGAGAAACCACGAUUACAACCGAAGGAAGCAAGUAUUCUUCUGGAAACAUUCCCAAACGCUCGCAGCGUCGCUUUUGUGCCUAUCUGGGACCCGCGAAAGGAGCGCUGGUCCGCCGGCGGCUUCGUUUACACGCUUGCACCGAACCGUACCUUUACUCUCGACCUCGACCUUACUUAUCUUCGCGCCCUUGGAGUUCUAGCCGCAUCUGAGGCCUUUAGGAUUGAAACCAUGGCGUCGGACAAGGCCAAGUCUGAUGCCCUUGGCUCGCUCUCCCACGAGCUGCGAUCGCCUCUCCACGGCGCCGUCCUGAGCGUCGAGCUGUUGAACGACACUUGUCUUAGCGUUCCGCAGCAGAACAUAGUACACACCAUUGAGACUUGCUGCCGGACACUCUCCGACACCAUCGACCACCUCCUCGAAUACUCCAAAGUCAACAGCCUCGCCUCUCAGGAAGCCCCGCAGGACGCCAAAGCAGAGGGGCAAGGCCUUAACAGGGCUUCCUCAUUCAUGACCGCCAUGAAACCGUUCUGCAAGACAGUCCACCUGGAUAUCCUCGUCGAAGAGGUCAUGGAGAGUGUAUAUGCGGGCUUCAACUUCCAGCACCUCUCCAUCGCACAGCUAUCGCGACAGUCGACCAAGCGAGCUGGCCCCCACGACAUCACUUCAAUCCGCCGGCUCGAUUCCAUGCAGGCCAUGGAAGAACUCGGUCCUUCGGCAACAACAGGCAAUUCUCAGACGAGCUUUGGAGACGUCGCCGUGUUUCUAGCUGUCGAUCCAUCCUGCUCCUGGGCGUUCGACACGCAUCCUGGCCCAAUGCGUCGCAUCGUCAUGAAUCUGUUUGGCAACUCGCUCAAGUAUACCCACCGAGGUCUUAUCAAAGUCUCCCUCCAGCAAACAAGCAUCCUGUGUCCCUCCAGCAAAGAGCGCUGGGUCACUCUUACAGUUGCAGACACGGGAGUGGGCAUCGGGCAGGACUUUCUCCAGAACAGCAUCUUCAAGCCGUUUGCGCAGGAGAACUACCUCUCGUCGGGCACGGGCGUCGGGUUGAGCUUUGUCAAGCAGAUGACGACGCAGCUUGGCGGUCACAUUUCGGUGAGCAGCCGGAUUGGGGUUGGAACUACAGUGACCGUCUCGCUGCCCAUGUCGCUAGAGGACUCUCGCCCUGGACCUGCCACUCCAUCAGCAGAGAGCGAGGAGGAAUUCGAGAGUCAACUUCGCAAACUUCGUGGCCUGCGCGUCAGAAUGCUCGACUUUAGCAAGCACCAAGUCCCUGGGGGAGUCCCCCCUUCGACUACCAUGGAGACUCCAGAUGUGCUGGUGCAAAACAUCUGUCGUGACUGGAUGCACAUGGAGGUAAACUCUGAGCUAGAGUCGAAGCAGCUGGUGCCAGAUCUUAUCAUCUGGUCCGAGGAUAGGCUUGAGCAACCAGUCUCUGCACAAGAGCCGUUGACCGAUGUCCCUGGUGUUGUUCUCUGCGCCAACGCUCAGACUGCGUAUCAGUACGCAACAGGUACCAAAGCCACUCCUCGACCGGGGAUAUUUGAGUUUAUCUCUCAACCCCUUGGUCCUCGCAAGCUUGCAAGAGCCUUUUCUCUCGCCCUCCAUCGAUGGACAGACGCUCAGACAAGCGCCAUGCCACCUACUACUACUACAGCACAAACCACGACAGAACCCGAAAGGAACAGGGAAGACAGCGUUCCUCCCCCUAUUGUCAGCCCUGGGACACCGUUCCCUCUUAGUUCCGAAGAGACACCAAGUCCGUCCAAGGAUUACUUUACCGCGCCGGAAUUCCUCCUCGUAGACGACAACUUUAUCAACCUCAAAAUUCUAACAUCCUACAUGAAGAAACUCAAGCAACCCUACCAGACUGCGACAAACGGUCAAGAAGCUCUCUCGGCCUACGAAAUGGAUUCCGGACGGUACGUCUGCAUCCUAAUGGACAUUUCAAUGCCCAUCAUGGACGGCUUUGAAGCCACGCGGAGGAUCAGAGCUUUCGAACAACGGCACGGUCUGAGACCUGCCCUUAUACUGGCCCUAACCGGGCUAGCUUCUGAAGAAGCACAACGGGAGGCGGUGGUGAGCGGCGUUGAUCUGUUCCUGACGAAGCCAGUGAGGCUCAAGGAACUGGGUCCGAUAUUGAGAUCGAGAGGUGUGAUACCAGAAGAAAAAUGA